AUGGCCACCGACGACGCCGACAAGGCGGCCGACGGCCAGCAGCAGCAAGAGCACAAUGCUGAUCAACAGCACGCUCGCCUGGCAGCAGAUGCCGCUCCAUCCACAACAUCAUCGUCGCUGCCGCCCGACGACCAACCUCCUACCUCAGUGGCUGCGCAAAGGGCGGGCCUAGCACAGGCCCUAGAAGAACUGUCCAGAGGAGAACGAGCCGCUGACAAGCUCGAGCGUGAGCUCCAAGCCUUCGAGGCCAAGCUAGAAGAGCUACUGUCGUCCAUGGGCAUGUCCGAAGAGGACCUGGACGCGACUAGGGACGACGAGCAAGAACAAGGUAGAGAGGCAGCCGGAGGGCGAGACACUGCAUCACAAGAGGGCAAGAAAUAA